CGCGCAUGAGCCCCCGCUCCAUGGCGUACACCGGCAUCUUCAUGGUGUCCGGCUUCAUCGUCGCCAGCGUCUUCAAUACCAACGGUGAUCUCGGCAUCAACUCCGACUUCUCCGCCAUCGACAACAUGGUCACGCCCGCCGCGGAGACCCUCACGCGCUGGCUCUCCAUCGCGGGAGCCGCGACCCUGGGCUUCCUUGGCAUCGGCCAAGUCGCCUCCGCCGCGUCCAAAAAGAACGACGGCGACAAGACCAAGCUCCACAAGACCCUCGACGCCCUCGCCGAGGCCCUCGCCGGGUUCACGUUCGGCCUCGGCCUCACCGUCAGCGGCAUGCGCCGCGCGGCGAAGGUCAGCGGCUUCCUCUCCGCCACGAGGGCGUCUUUCGACCCGAGCCUGAUGCUCGUGAUGGGCGGCGCCAUGGCGCUGUCCAUCCCGGGCUUCGCGAUCGCCAACAAGAAAAAAGCACCCGCGUGCACCAGGGAGUUCAGCAUCCCCAAGAACAGGAAGAUCGACGACAAGCUGAUGCUGGGCGGCGUGCUGUUUGGCGCCGGCUGGGGCCUGGCCGGUAUGUGCCCGGGUCCGGCCAUCGUGAGCCUGGCGGCGAGGCCGACGCAGAAGCUGGCGGCGUGGAUCGUCUCCGUGCUCGGAGGUAUGUGGAUCCAGAAGUACAUUCCCUGAUCGUGGACGCGAGAGACGACGCCGCGACCGCCGUAUGUAAAUAGGCUCACCUGUAACAGAGCCCACGCGAUAUUGCAUUGUAACGACAAACCCGACGCAUAUUACUCAAUUACCACGCCGCGCGCGUUGUGCAUCGGACUCGAACGAUUGUAAAGAUGCGUGGCGUGGACAUCAAACAACGCUAAUCGCUAAUC